AUGGGUUUCGUCAAUUUUAAGAACUAUCGGCUGUAUAUUCUGACAGCGACGGCCUAUAUGGGCUCGCUGCUCUUUGGUUAUGAUACGGGUGUUAUGGGCUCAGUUUUAGCCCUCUCUAGUUUCAAAAAAGACUUCGGCCUCCCUGUGGAAUCCUCUGGAUUCAGCGACGCCGAGAAUGCCCAAAUCGCCUCCAACGUGGUCUCAUUGCUCACAGCCGGGUGUUUCUUCGGCUCCAUCGGUGCCGCCUACAUGAAUGACCGACUAGGUCGUCGAUACUCGUUAAUGAUCCUGACCUUGGUCUUCAUGGUCGGAGCCGCGCUCCAAGUUGGAGCUCAUCACGAGAUUGGCUUGAUCUACGGUGGACGUGUCAUCGCCGGUCUCGGUAUUGGUGGCAUGUCUGCUAUCACACCCGUUUAUGUGUCUGAGAACUGCGCGCCCGAAAUCCGUGGUCGUGUGGCUGGUCUUUUCCAGGAAUUCUUGGUCAUUGGAAGUACUUUUGCCUACUGGCUCGAUUACGGUGUUUCCCUCCAUAUUCCUGAGGGUACGAGCCAGUGGCGCAUUCCAGUGGCUAUUCAGCUUGUGCCUGGUGGUCUCAUGCUCAUCGGAUUGUUCUUCCUCAAGGAGUCUCCCCGUUGGCUGAUGAAGAAGGGUCGCAGUGAGGAGGCUCUUGACUCCCUCGCUUACAUUCGCAACGAUUCUGAAACUAGUGAGGCUGUUCAGCUUGAGUUUGCAGAAAUCUCUGCUGCCUGCCACGAGGAGAGUCUGGCUACUGAGGGCAUGACCUGGAGGGAAUGCCUGAAGCCUACCAACCGCUAUCGUUUCUUCUUGGCAUUUGUUCUGAUGCUGUCUCAGCAGUUCAGUGGAACCAACUCUAUCGGAUACUACGCGCCCCAAAUCUUUGCCAGUGUCGGGUUGAGCAAGACAAACUCUUCCUUAUUUGCCACUGGUAUCUACGGCACAGUCAAGGUCGUUGCUACUGCCAUCUUCUUGAUCGUUGGUAUCGACCGGUGGGGCCGUAAGAAGAGUUUGAUCGGUGGUUCUAUCUGGAUGGCUAGUAUGAUGUUCAUCAUUGGUGCAGUCUUGGCUACGCAUCCGCCGAACGCAGAAGCCAAUUCUGUCUCAUCGGCAUCUAUUGCCAUGGUUGCGAUGAUCUAUCUUUAUGUCAUUGGAUAUUCCGCCUCUUGGGGACCAACCCCUUGGGUGUAUCUCGGCGAGAUCUUCCCAACUCGCCUUCGUGCUUACGGUGUCGGCUUUGGAGCAGCCACGCAGUGGCUCUUUAACUUUGUCAUCACCGAGGUCACUCCUCGGGCUAUUAACGAAAUCGGAUGGAGAACUUUCCUCAUGUUUGGCAUUUUCUGCUCUGCCAUGGGUGCGUUCGUCAUUGUCUUCUUCAAAGAAACCAAGGGCCGGACCCUGGAAGAGAUGGAUCUCAUUUUCGGUGCUAUUGACGAGCAGCAGAGACGUGCUGAUGUUGAACACACCUUGCAAAAGACUCAAGUCAUGCAUGAAGAAAAUGUAGAGACUGCUGAGGCUCCAAAGACCACAGAACAGGACCACAAGCAAUAG